AUGAAUACCUCCAGCUCCGAAUAUCAGGACCAGGCGAGGAGACUCAGUGAGCUUCGACGAAGGUCAGCGGAGCAGCAGCAGCAGCAGCAGCAGAAUUCAGAGAAACAUGCUUUGACCUUGGGCUCGGCUGGUACUGAGCCUGAGAAGGAGGCGGUUAUCGAUCCGUUGAUAUCAUCGAUUCCGGAGAGGUAUGCACCAAGUGGAUUUGGGAUAAUAGAUAUUCUGCUCCAAGUCUACCAACGCCCAAACCCCCAAAUAGAAAUCGGCAACGUCGACAGCAGCGUCGCCCUCGUCCUCUGUGACGCCAACGCCCCCGACCAGCCCAUAGUCUACUGCUCCGAAGCAUUCGAGCGACUCACCGGCUACACCAGCCGCGAGAUCCUCGGCCACAACUGUCGCUUCUUGCAACAUCCACCUGCACAAACGCCUGGCCAGCAACCCUUAUCGGCAUCAGACAGGAAAGUAGACGAGGCGAAUGAGCUUGCUAGGAGGGAGGUCAGGGCCAAGAUUGAUGCGGGAUUGGAGGCGAGGGUGCAUUUCGUGAAUUAUAGGAGGGAUGGGACUUCGUUUGGGAAUAUUUUGACGUUGAUACCGAUUGUGUGGGAGGGGAGGGGCUAUAUUGUGGGUUUUCAGGCUGAUGAGGGGAGACUUUAUAGGUGA